GGGGUCAAGAACCCGCGGCCUCACUACACCCAACCUAAACGGGUUUUUGUCUAGCCAUGCUGCGUUAUGCCUCACCGGGCUACAUCGCAGUGUGUGGGUGUUUUGUGACCUUUCUCAGGGUGAUGGGCAAACGCUUCCGACGCAGCGAGCGGGAGUGGCCCUGGUUUCUGUACUACAUUUUCUGGGUUUAUGCACUCCUUUUCUAUGCCAUGACCUCUUGCCUCAUCUCGGCCGUGGUCGAUGUGUGUCUGCCCUCAGGUUGGCUGAGGCCGGAGACCGUGGAGGGCUUUGUGAUGGAGCGGAUGCGUUUGGAGAAUGACACCGUCAGUUUGGACGUUUGGAGAGAGGAGGAUAGCUUAAGCGACUACCCGGUGCUGCGCUACGUUUCAAUGAGUUGCCCGCUCUUCAUGGUGGCCACCUACGCCGUGUGCAUCGUUCACACCAUUCAGCAUCUCAAGAAGCUGGUCUGGUGGAAGAGGGGUCGAGCCGAUGAAGAGCACACCUUCGAAACGCACGACCGGACUCUUCGCAUCCUCAUUCUGCCGCUCUUCUAUGGCGUGAUGUCAUGCCAAGGGGUCGUGCGGAUGUGGGGCGUCACGGUGAACAACUCCGCUGACUCGAAUCAUUUCGAGUCCUUCCCCUUGCGGAAGCACUUCUUGAUGGAUAGUUACGACGCCUGCUUUUGGCUCGGCGAUCUGUACGAGUCCUACGCGCUGUUCACCUUUGGGCUCAUCGUCUUGGAGUACCUCAGCCAGCGACUGCGGCGAGGGAUGAUGGAGGCGCAGGAUGCGUUGAAGACGAACCAAGUGCCUCGGGCCUCGGAUUCCUUCUCCGAGAUGUCGGAUUCUUUCAGAGUCUUGCUUGGCCAGACGAAAGGUCUAACGAUCUUGGGCAUCAAGCUCUUCUGCGCCACGUGUGCAGGUCAAGCCAUCUAUGGUGUGGGCGUGAACUGUGCCGCCUAUUAUCACUUUAAGGAGAGCCUUUUUGGCGCUGGGUGUCAUACUCAAAAGCCUGGGAUCUUGCAGACAGAAAAGGUCAAGAGCAUGCUGCACUACACCUUCUACGGUGCAGGAUUCAUCGCCUCCUUUGCCGCCAUUGGCAACCUCAUCGAGGUGGAGCGAGGAUUCCGAGCGCAGCUGCAUGACUUUAAGCCAAUCCACAAGUUCCUCGGGACCAAGAUUAUUGUCACCAUCGCCUUUUUGCAAUCCAUGGCAUUAGCGGCCUGCCCACCCUUCUGCUGGUGGUCCUAUACCCGCGCGAAUCUCCUCUAUGCUUCGCUCCUCUGUAUUGAGUGCUUCUUCAUCAGUAUCUUGCAUGUGUGGGCCUGGUCAGCAGAGGAGGCCUGGUUCUCGGUCUACACGCCCUUACUGGAUCUAUCCGGCAAAGAAUCCAAUGAAGAAUGAGAGCUGACGUUGGAGGCCGACGGAAAAAUGACUUCCCAGAGGUUUGGUUUGUUCAGCGCCUUCUUAUUCCCUC